AUGGUAUGGAUGGGGAAGGCUGAAAUUGGAACUUGUGAUCAAAUGCUAGCUGACUGGCUUAAGUGGAAUAGCAAAAACUGCCCAGGACGAGGAGUCUACCGUAAACAUAACUGGAUUAAAGUGUUUAGUCUUGGUUGUUGGACUCUUUGGACCUCCAGAUGUAAAUUAGUUUUUGAAGGCAAAACGGAUACCCCAAGAGAACUUGGGUACAGGGUCCAACAUUUACUCAUGGAGCAGAUAGUGGGAGACCAACUCAAACAUCAGAUCUUUCAGUUUGCAGGUAACCAAGAAAUAUCCUGGACACCUCCACCACAGGGAGCUAUCCGCAUCGAUGUUGAUGGUUCAGUCUGGAAUGAUCAACACGCAGCCUGUGGAGGCCUCACCAGAAACAGCGAUGGUGAUUGGGUGGUCGGAUUCCAAAAGAAUAUUGGCACUUGCUCAGUUACAGAAGCAGAACUGGUGGCUAUUCGGACAGGUCUUGAAGUUGGGAAAUUAUAUAAUCAUCCCAUGGUUGUGCUCUAUUCUGACUCAAUGGAUGCCCUCAAUUUGAUUGCUAGAGAGUGUAUGGCACAUAUGGAGGAAAAAUAA